AUGAUUCUCCCCGCCGGCGAUUCCGCCGCCGCAGCAGGCGGCGAAACCGUCGAUCUGGACGACACCGACGGCGACCAGCUGCUCUCAAACGCGACGGCGCCAUCCCCGCCCGCAAACGGCUCAUCUGACGCCGCUGCAACUCCCAACGCUCGCGGCGGUCGCGGUGGCAGUGGUAACGGUAACGGAGGUCGUAACGGUGGCGGCGGGUGCCCGCGGCACCGGCUGAGUCUGAGCAUGGACCGCCCCCAGGUGGCUGCAUUCGCGGGGCUGCUGCAGAGGCAGCAGGCGCAGGUGGCAUCUGAGGCGGGCGUACCCGAGGACGGGCUGCUCUACAGCUACAAGAACACGUCCAACGGCUUCGCCGCGCGCCUCACGGCGCGCCAGCUGUGGCGGCUGCGGCGCCACCCCGCCGUGGCGUCCGUCCGCGCCAGCCGCGUGUUCCGGCGGCAGACCAGCGACUCGCCGCAGUUCCUGGGGCUGCCCGGGAAGGUGUGGCCGGCAGUGGGCGGGCAGAGCAAGGCGGGCGAGGGCACGGUGGUGGGGAUCGUGGACACGGGUAUCUGGCCCGAACACCCGUCCUUCAGCGAUAAGGGCCUCUCCUCGCAGCUGCCCGCGGGGUGGAAGGGCAAGUGCGAGCAGUCGAGCUCGUUCCGGUGCAACAACAAGUUGAUCGGCGCCAAGGCCUUCUAUGCCGGGUUCCAGCAGAGCAGCGGCAAGCCCGUGCUGACCAACGACUGGCUCUCGCCGCGAGAUGCGGACGGCCAUGGCACGUGGUGCGCGGGGGUAGCUGCGGGGAACCCCGUGAAGGUGAAGGGCGGCGGGCAGGUGAGCGGCAUGGCGCCGGCAGCGCGCAUUGCGGCGUACAAGGUCUUCUGGACGGACGGCAACGGGGACAUGUACGCCACGGAGGCAGAUAUCAUCGCAGCCGUCAAUCAGGGCGUGGCGGACGGUGUGGAUGUGCUGUCGCUGUCUCUGGGCGGCGUGAAUCCCGAGGACAACUAUUUCAACGAUCUCGCUUUCAUGCGCGCCAAUGCUGCCGGGGUGUUUGUCGCCUUUGCUACCGGCAACGCCGGGCCUCUCGGUCGUGGAGGGUUCUACCGCACGCUUGACAACUUCGCACCCUUCUAUCUCACGGUUGGCGCCAGCACCAUUGCCCGAGGCGGCGCCUCCCUCGCCUCCUCAACUGCCGGUGCCACCACCAGCAGCAACGGCACGGAUGGCAGCACAGGCGGCAACUUCAAUGGCAACGGCACGGACGCGGACGGUGGGAUCACAUUCACCACUGCAUCCUCGUCCGCCCCGGUGGUGGCUGACUUCUCUUCCCGCGGCCCCCUGCUGCAGCCGUCCGCCACGGCCCAGCCGCCCAAGCCAGGCAACGCCAUCCUGAAGCCCGACAUCAUCGGCCCCGGAGUCGACCUCGUAGCCGCUGCUCCCGGCAACAAACCCGGCGACCCUGGUGCCCUCGCCCGCAUGUCGGGCACUUCCAUGGCCACCCCGCAUUUGGCGGGGCUAGCCGCUUUAAUCAUCCAGAAGUACCCCAACUGGACCCCGGCGCAGGUGAUGUCAGCGCUGAUGACGACGGCGCGGGUGACGGACACGAGCAAGAGCGCCAUCAAGAGUGCGACGGGCGGGGAGGCCACCCCGUGGGAGAUGGGCGCAGGCCACGUGUUCCCCCCGGCCAUGCUCGACCCCGGGCUCACCUACGACGCCCGCGACCACGACUACCAGAACUUCCUGGCCGGGCAGGACCUCAACCGCGCCAAAAAGGAGUUCCCAGGGGUGCCGCUCUCCCCUCUGGCUGUCCGCAACCUCAACCUGCCCACCAUCACUCUGCCCCGCCUGCAGGGCUCCCUGCAGGUCACCCGCACCGUCACCAACGUGGGGCAGUCCCGGUCCACAUACAGUGUAUCUGGGAAGCCCCCGCAGGGCGUGAAGGUGACUGUGGGGCCUAGGAGCCUCACGCUGGCUCCCGGGGAGAAGGGGAGCUACACAGUGACGGUAACGGUGGAUACCCCCAGUAAUGACUUCAAAUGGGGGUACGGCGUGGAUGGGGGUAUGGGGUGGAUGGGGGUAUGGGGUGGAUGGGGGAAUGGGGUGGAUGGGGGAAUGGGGUGGAUGGGGGAAUGGGGUGGAUGGGGGUAUGGGGUGGAUGGGGGAAUGGGGUGGAUGGGGGAAUGGGGUGGAUGGGGGUAUGGGGUGGAUGGGGGAAUGGGGUGGAUGGGGGAAUGGGGUGGAUGGGGUUAUGGGGUAGAUGGGGGUAUGGGGUGGAUGGGAUGGGGGUAUGGGGUGAUGGGGUUAUGGGGUGGAUGGGGGUAUGGGGUGGAUGGGGGAAUGAGUUGGAUGAGGGAAUGGGGUGGAUGGGGUUAUGGGGUAGAUGGGGGUAUGGGGUGGAUGGGGUUAUGGGGUGGAUGGGGGAAUGGGGUGGAUGGGGGCAUGGGAUGGAUGGGGGUAUGGGGUGGAUGGAGGUAUGGGGUGGAUGGGGUAUGGGGUGGAUGGGGGUAUGGGAUGGAUGGGGGAAUGGGGUGGAUUGGGGUAUGGGAUGGAUGGGGGUAUGGGAUGGAUGGGGGUAUGGGCUGGAUGGGGGUAUGGGAUGGAUGGGGGUAUGGGCUGGAUGGGGGUAUGGGGUGGAUGGGGUUAUGGGGUAGAUGGGGGUAUGGGGUGGAUGGGGGUAUGGGGUGGAUGGGGGUAUGGGUUGGAUGGGGGUAUGGGGUGGAUGGGGGAAUGGGGUGGAUGGGGGCAUGGGAUGGAUGGGGGUAUGGGGUGGAUUAG